AUGGAGCAAAAUUAUCUAUCUAAUUUAGAAGAAAUUCUUAAAUGUACACUUUUACCAAAUAAUGAUCAAAUAUCAAAUGCAACAAAAAUUUUAAAAAAUCAAUAUUAUAUAGAGUCAAAAUCACUAUUGGCACUAUUGCAUAUUAUGCAAUCGUCAGAAAAUUCUCAGAUUCGUCAACUGGCAGCAAUUGAGGCACGCAAACUUAUUCCGUCGUUUUGGAACAAGCUAGAUGAUCCUUUGAAACCUGAAAUAAAGAAAUCACUUCUACAAUCAAUAGUUUCAGAACCUGUUUCUAUUGUACGACAUUCAUCUGCCCGUGUUAUAUCUUCAAUCGCUAAAAUAGAUUUACCUACUGAAGAGUGGCAAGAUCUUCCUGCAUUUAUAUAUCAGGCAUCAACAUCUCAAAAUUUUAUGGAUAGAGAAAUAGGUUUAUAUAUCUUAUAUGUUUUAUUUGAAAUUAUGGAAGAUAUGUUUAUUGACCAAAUGGAGCAACUUUUUUCAUUGCUUAAGCUGACAAUUGAUGAUAAAGAAAGUCGUAAUGUUAGAAUAACUACACUUAUGAUUCUUGGGAAAGUUGGCGAAAUUAUUGAUGGAGAAGAUAAACAAAAUGUUAAAUUAUUUCGAGAAAUUUUACCUUCUAUGUUUUUAGUUCUUAAAGAAACAAUUGAUUCUAACGACGAAAAUUCAGUAAAAAACUCAUUUGAAGUGUUUAAUACUUUAUUGAUUUGCGAGGGUGCUUUAAUAUCAAAAGCUAUUAAAGAUUUAUUAGAAUUUAUGGUUCAAGUGGCAUCUGCAACAAAAUUACAAGAUUCUAUUCGCUGUAUGGCUCUAAAUUUUCUCAUUACGUGCAUAAAAUAUCGAAAAAACAAAAUUCAAGCAUUAAAACUAGGUCCCCAUCUAACACUCAGCAUGCUACAUAUUGGGACUGAGGAAGAUACUCAGUUACCUGAUGAUGACUGUCCUUCUCGUCUUGCAUUUAGAUGUAUUGAUCUUCUUUCUAUUGGUUUAUCACCAUCACAAGUAUUCAUACCUCUUAUGAAUCAUGUACCCCAAUAUUUGCAAUCUGAAGAUCCAGGAUAUAGGAAAUCUGCACUUACUGCACUUGGUGUGGCUAUAGAAGGUUCUUCUAACUUUGUAUCUACUCAAUUUUCAUAUUUACUUACAUUAAUUAUUACUGGAUUAAAAGAUACUCAUGAUAUUGUGAAGCGUGCUGCAUUAUUAGCAUUAGGUCAAUUUGCAGACGAACUUCCAGAAGAAACAUCAGAAAGACAUGCAGAACUAAUGCCUAUUAUUCUUGAACUCAUAUUAGAUCAUCAUGAAGAAACUAGAAAAUCUGCACUUAAUGCACUUGAUGCGUUACUAGAAUGUCUCGAUUCAGAUAGCAUUUCUAAUUAUUUUUCGUGCAUUAUGGAAAGACUUCUAGGGCUACUUCAAUCAAAUGCAACAUUCGAAAUUAAAUCUACUGUUGCUUCUGCUUUUGGAAGUGCUGUAUAUGCUGCAAAAGAACAUUUCAAUCCUUAUUUUGAACGCACUAUGGAGUAUUUUAUUCCCAUUUUGCAGUUAAAAGAUUCUAAGGACGAACUGGAGUUUAGAGGUAUGGUUACAGACACUUUAGGGACCAUCGCAGAAACUGUUGGAAAAGAGAAAUUUACUCCUUACAUUGAAUAUGUUGUUCAAAGUGCAUAUGAGGGAAUGCAAAUAGAUCAUCCUAGGCUUCGCGAGUGUUUAUUUUGCUUUUUUGCAAUUUUAGCUCGAGUAUAUAAAGAAGAUUUUUCACCAUUUCUUCAAGUUAUAGUGCCCGCAUUAAUCCAGUCAUUAGAUAAAGAUGAGUCUGAUGAUCUAUAUGAAGAUAGUGAUGAAAAUGAUAGCAUAAAAAGUUCCGAGAUUGAGGAAGAUAAUGAUGAUGAUACAUUUAUUAGUAUGUCAAAAGUCAAUUCAGCAAUUGCUAUGGAAAAAGAAGUUGCUGCAGAUGCUUUAGGAGAAAUAUGUUCUUAUACUAAAGAAUUGUUUAUCCCAUACAUAGAACAAAGCAAAGAAAAACUUAUUCAAUUAUCUAACCAUUUUUAUGAAGGUGUUAGAAAGGCAUCUAUAUCAAGUUUAUGGAGAUUUGUUACUACAAUAUAUAACAUUAGUAAACCACAACAAUGGAUUCCAGGAUUUCCAUUAAAAAUCCCGCUUCACAAAGAUGUUGAUGAAUUCGCAGCCUCUGUGAGAGAUAUAACAAUGGAGGUUUUAAGUGAAGAGAAUGAAAGGCUUGUUGUGAUAGAAAUAUGUCAAAAUAUUUCAGAAACGAUGAAAGUCUGUGGUCCCGGAAUUUUAGGAAGUAAUGAAGAAAUACAGAAGUUAUCUGAAUAUAUUCUUCAGAUUUUAAAAAAACAACACACAUGUCAGUUAGAUGAAGAUGCAGAUAAUUUAGUUGACAAUAAUUAUGAAAACGACGACUACAUUGAAAAUGAUGAUAAAGAUUCUGCAGAAUAUGAUACAUUGCUUAUAGAAUCUGCCAUAGAUGUUUUGGUUUCUAUUGCACUUGUUCUUGGAGAAGAAUUUUCUCUGCCUUUUGGAAUCUUUUUACCUCAUAUAAUUAAAUAUUAUGAAAGUAAAAUUAUAAGUAAUAGAUCUAUGGUAAUUAGUGGUCUUGGAGAAAUUAUUGAAGGUUUAAAGGCAGGGGUUACUCCAUAUACAAAACAAAUAUUCCAUAUUUUUAUGAACGCUCUUGAUGAUAGUGAUGAGGAAAUUAGAAGUAAUGCUGUUUGUUCUAUAGGACUUUUGUGUCAAUAUUCUAAAUACGAUUUAACAAGUCAAUAUAUGACAAUAUUUUCAAAGCUUCAAUUAUUAUUUUCUGAUAAAAAUCAUAAAAAUGCUAAAGAUAAUGUAAUUGGAUGUGUUUCACGAUUGAUUAUUUCACAACCAUCAUCAAUUCCUCUUGCACAAGUAUUACCUGUUUUAGUCUCUUUUCUGCCUUUGCAGAAUGAUUAUUCGGAAAACUCUCCUGUAUAUUCUGCUAUUAUGAAAUUAUAUAGAUUAAAUGAUGCAAAUAUUAUAUCAUUAACAGAGCGGCUUAUUCCAAUAUUUGCUAUUGUUUUAGGUCCACCUGAGGAACAACUCACUGAAUCUAUAAGGAAUGAACUAAUAGAGCUUGUUAGAGCAUUAAGUGUUGAUUAUUCUGCGAUAAUUAAUCAAUAUCCAGGUCUCUUAAAUAUAAUACGAUAA